AUGACGUCCUAUUUAAAAAAAUCUGUUGUAGCGCUUGCAUCGGCUAGAACUUAUAUUGCUCAAUGGUCAGCAGAACAUGUCUACGCUGAUGAAGCACUUAUUAUACCAUUUCCCACAUUAGCUAAAUUUAACCCAGAUAAAGGUGUUUGGUCAGUACAGAUCAAAGCUUGGCUAUAUUUACCAAUUGAAGGCAAUAAAUUAAAAAUUUUUUUCUCAUCGUUACCGGGGCGUCUCAUGCGUAAAAUUGAGAGCACAAAAAGAGAAGAUAGCGUUGAUAAAGAAUUAAAUUUGAACGCUGCUGGUGAUCUUGAAGAAAAUAAUGAACAGGUAGAAAUAAUAGAUGAUGAUGAUGAUCCUGGUGCUUGUCUAAAUGAAGAUGCUGUACAUGAAGAUUCUAGCAAAGUCGAUGAAAAUCCUGGUCGUUUAGGCUAUUUUUUUGUUAGAAAAUCUGUGAAAGUCAUAACAAAAUCUAUUAUUAAUGAUGUUGAACAUUUACUUCAACCAUCGGAUGAGAGCGGUUUCAUUGAAGGAAAUCUUGAAUUAUCUGAUGAAGAAAUUCGAUCGCUUGGUGAAAAAAUUCAUCCGGACUCCAGUGAUCUAAAAUUUGAUUAUACAAUUCAAAUAAAUCAAUCUAAUAGUGACAUUAGAACAGAACCUUGCAAAUUAUUUAAAUGUACAAUUUAUGCUCUUGCACAUAAUGGCCUUAGUAUUAUAUCUGAUAUUGAUGAUACAAUAAAAAUUUCUGAAGUUGUUAGUACACGAGAAUUGCUCAAACAUACAUUUGUAAGUGAUUUCAAGCCUGUUGAUGGUAUGAGUGAACUCUAUCAAGCAUGGAGUGAACAGAACUGCCAGUUUCAUUAUGUUAGUUCAAGUCCAUGGCAAUUAUUUCCAGCUCUUAGUGUAUUUUUGAAAAAAUAUAAAUAUCCAAUGGGUACAAUUAAUUUAAGAAAAUUUGCAUGGGGUUUCAAACAUUUAAAACCACCGAAAACAUAUAAAAUGGAAACAAUUACACAGAUCCUAAAUGCUUAUCCAUCGAGACAAUAUAUUUUCGUUGGAGAUUCAGGAGAACUUGAUCCAGAAAUUUACUCUAAAUUAUACACGAUGUUUCCACAAAAUAUCAGGCGUAUAUUUAUCCGAGAUGUUUGUAAAACACCUGAAUGUUUGCCGCAGUGCCAAGAACGAUAUUUAAGCGCAUUUCAAGAUGUGCCCAAAGAGCAAUGGACGAUUUUUAAAGAUCCAAGAAAAGUCGAAACAGAUAUUCGAAAAAUAACUGCUGUCUAA